UGUCGUCGUGUAUUUUAAGACGCGGUCGGUUCGGUCAAUUGUUUUGCGGUCUCUUGGGUCGUACACCUGUCCGUCGUGAAGUUGCAGACGGGAGUAGGAAGGGGUUAUGGUCAAUAAACGCAACCACGUCACACGCAGCCUAUCGGCGACCCCGCUUGGCCCCUUAAAGUGGCUCCGAACGAAAAUCUUACAUGUCGGCCGAUAUUGCUUUUGUGCGUUUGUCUGUAGGAUAUCUUAAGAAAAACCGGACUAAUUGUCAUAGGAACGCCGUUAAGGGAUCCGUUUCACCGCGAGUAAGAUGCGAAUGUAAAAUGAAUUUGGUCUAAAACGCGGUUUAGCUUCACGGUGAGUUAAUCGUGCGUUUCAGUGAACUGACCGAAUUGCAUCCGCCAUUGUUGUGAUUGGUGAACGUUCCAGAGAAGACGGCGUUCUUAGAUUGGCGCGCAUGCGCCUAGCAUGCUACUUGACGACGCUCUUCUUUCGAAUUUUGGGAGACACGCACACACAAAGGAACACGACACAGGUACCAAAAAUUGAAUUAUUUUUCACAAUUUUUUCACUUAUCGCAACGAAGAAAGUGGUUAACGGAGUAUUUCGAAGAGGAUCGUUGGGUUGAUGUCCUUUCACUGCAUUAGCAACGUAAUUUUUCAGUCACUAGUGUCAGUGACACGGCCCGACGAAAAUUUUUAUUUAACAACGAUUUAAAAAUUAUACUUUGAAAAUUUAUCGCUGGUUACUAUAUUUUUAAACAUGCAAUGUAUUGCAAACAAAUAAUGUAGGCAUUAUUAAUUACGUAAUAGCAUACGUAUGAACACUUGGUCAAUACUUAAAAAAGGAGCAAGAAAUUCAACUGUAUACAACCAAAACGUAUGCAUAGAAUAUAUUUUGUGAAAAGUUUGAUAUUUAAAUCUUACAAAAAUGACAGUCCAUACAGAUGAUUGUACCUAUGGCGUACAUAAUUGUAUGUUAUGCCUAAGGUUAAAAAGAAAUCUUACCUUAAAAAGGUAAGGGAAAUGAGAGAAUAUAGACGACAAAAAUUAAGGACAGAGACAAUAGAAGAACGUGCUAUUAGAUUGUAUACUGCUGCAGAAAGGAUGAAGAACGCUAGGGCAAAAGAAACAGAGGAGCAGGCGGCGAUCAGAAGAAUGCAAGAGGCUCAACGAAUGGCUAGGCAUCGUGCUAAAAAGAAGCGUUGCUUGGAUGAAAAUUUAGCAAGAGAAAUAUCCAAAAUUGCUGAACUCUCAAAAAUGCCAGAUGCAGCGACUAUAGCACAAAUGUCAGAAAUGAAUAUGAACAAAAUUUCUGCAGAGCUCAAACAAAUGAUGGAGAGGGGGAAAGUACCAGAACACAUAGUUCAAAUGGCUCAACUCGCUGAAUUUAGCAAAAUGACUGAAUUAAAUAAAAUGUCUCAGGAUAUGGCUAAAAGAUAUGAAAUGGAAAAGAUGGCAGAAUAUGCUAAAACAACGGAAUAUAUGAAGAUGCAAGAAAUUGCAAAGAUGUCUGAAAUCGCUAAAAUGAAUGAAAUGGUGAAGCUUUCAGAGAUGGCUAAAUAUAAUGAUAUCACAAAGAUCAAUGAGAUCGCAAAAAUGAAUGAAAUGAUGAAAAUGUCUCAGAUGGCAAAGAUAAACGAAGUUCAAAGAAUGAACGAAAUAGCUAAACUAAAUGAAAUGGUAAAGAUGACAGAAAUGGCUAAAUAUAAUAAUGACAUAACCAAAUUAAAUGAAAUUGCACAAAUCAAUGAAAUGGCUAAAGAAAUUGCAAAGAUGAACGAAAAGACAAAAAUGAAUGAAAUGAUAAAAAUGGCAAACAUACAAAAUGAUAUAACAAAGAUGCCUGAAUAUUCCAAAAUGGCAGAGAUGGCAAAACUAACAGAGUUGGCAAAGUUAAAUGAAAUAACGAUAACAAAAUUAAAUGAGCCACCUCCACCAAAAGUACCAGAAAUUCCUCGAAUCCCUGAACCUGUGAUCACUGUGCCAAACCCAAGAAAUUUGCAGAAUGUUCAAACUGUACAAGUAGCACAGGCUAGCCCAUCCAGUACAAUAAACUUCCCUACUGUACCUGGACAGGGUAAAUAUGCUCAGUUACUGGUUAUAAUCGAAGAACUUGGAAGAGACAUUCGUCUUUCAUAUGCUGGAAGUCGCAGUGCAGCUGAACGCCUCAAGAUGGGUAUUCAACAUGCUAGAAUCCUUGUACGAGAAUGUUUACUGGAAACAGAGCAUAAUGCACGGCAAUGAUCUGCCAAUACACUUAGCGAUUAGAUUUUUAGCAGAUUAUUUUAGAUAAUGCUAUGUACAUUGUAUGGAGUACAGCAGUAUAUUUUAAAGGGAGUGUCUUAGCAUCCACAAAAAUGUGCAUAAAUGUCUAAUUCCUACUGUUUCAUAUUUUAUACGAAUUUAACAAUUGUAAGUUUAAUAAGAGAAAGUGUAAGAGCCUGGAAAAAUAAUAGUUAUUUAACUUACUGUCACUUUCAAUAAUAAUUAAACAGACUUUUUAGAAAGAAUGUACACUUUUGUGGAUGCCUAAAAAAAUUAAUCAAUUAAUAGUGCAUAAUAUUGGGUAUAAAUGAAAUAAAUGACA